AUGAACCAAAAACGAGAACAAAGAAAAUCAAUUUUUAAAAAUCAAUAUGCUUUAAAAACUGAAGAAUUAAUUCAAAUACGUCAAAAAUUACAAAUUGAAAUUCGUAGACAAGGUCGAGAAAAACUUUUAACAGCACGUCGUAAUUAUCAAAAAGAUUUAAAUCAAUAUAAUAAUGAUUUUAAAAAUGAAUUAUAUUCAAAUAUCUCAAAAGUUCCAAGGCGAAAUAAUAUUAAACAAUUAACUGAUCUUAAAGAAAUUAAUCAAUACAAUAAUAUUUCAUCAAUACCACAACAACUUUAUGAAUUAUUCGAAGGGUUGAAUUCAAAUUAUGUAGAGAUACAAUUAAUCUCACUCACUAAAUUUAGAAAAUUUUUGAGUAGAGAACGUAAAAUUCAAAUUCAAGAAAUAAUUGAUUAUUGUAUGAUUCCUAUGUUUAUUCAAUUUUUGUCUUCAAAAAAUGUGGAUUUAAGAUAUGAAGCUGUAUGGAUUUUAUCAAAUAUUUCCACCGGAUCAACUGAACAAAUUCAAGCCAUAAUUGAUGCUGGUAUGAUUCCGAUAUUUAUGGAAUUACUUAAAAAAACAACAGAUAUGAGGUUUCAAGAUCUUAUUUUAUGGGCAUUAGGUAAUAUUGUUAUUGAUAAUCCUCAAUUUCGUGAGCUAGUUUUACGUGAAGGUAAUCUUGGUGUAUUAUGUCAACAUAUUCUGGAUGUUAAUAAUCAACCUUGUUCAAUGUUACGUACAAUGUCAUGGACUCUUUCAUCCAUAUAUCGUGAUCAUAUUACUGAUUCAGAUUGGUCACAGAUUUCUUUAACACUUCCUAUUCUUGCUCAACUUAUUAACUUUAAGGACGAUGAGAUUUUAUAUCAUGUUUGUUGGGCGUUAAGUUACCUUUGCGACAAUAAUCAUAUAGAAGAUGUGAUUAAUUUAGGUGUUUCACCACAUCUUGUAAAUUUAAUGGUACAUGAUAAUAAUGAUAUUCAGGUUUCUGCUUUGCAUUGCGUUCGGAACAUUGUUUCCGGUAAUGAUUCACAACGUCAAGUAAUUAUUGACUGUGGAAUUCUUACAGUAUUAAAAUCUUUAUUAGUUAGCACAAAAUCUUCAAUCAGAAAAGAUGCAUGCUUUAUUCUUUCUCACAUAACAUUUGGUAAUAUUGAUCAAAUUGAACAUGUUAUCCAUGUUGGUUUAAUAUCAUUGGCGAUAAAUCUCAUGGCGAAUUCUGAUUUUCAAACACAAAAAGAGACUUGUUAUGUUGUAUAUAAUGCAAUAAGAAGAUGUUAUAACCGACCAGAAUUGAUUAUAUGUAUUGUGCGACAAGGAUGUAUUCGACCGUUAGUCAACAUGCUUAAUUAUAUGGACAAUGAUAUUAUUUGUGUGGUAUUAAAAGCUAUUGGGACCAUCCUUCAAUUUGGGAAAACACUUGCAAUAGAAAAUAAUUGUGAGAAUCAAUGUACGUUAUUGAUUGAAGAAAUGGGAGGAGUAGAAAGAAUAAAUGAAUUACAAAAUCAUGAGAAUGAUGAAAUUCAUUCACUUGCGUAUAAUAUUAUUGAUAAAUAUUUUUCAGAAGAGGAUGAAGGGUAUGAAUCUGAACUUGAUCAAAGUUUUGACUUUAGUAGACAUAGUGAUUUUUUUAAUAAGCAAUUUAAUUAUCAAAGUAAUAAUAGUAUCGAUAAUAUUGAAGUAAUUGGUGUUCAAAUUUAA